UAACUUAGUGCCUCAAUUAGUGAUGGAAAAGUCCCAGAGCUCAAACCAGAAGAAGAUCCGCAGGGCCUCCAUGUUUAGCCCAUUGGUGAAGAGCAGAAGGCCUACUGUGAAUAAUAGUAAUAAACACCUCUCGUUCUUUCUGAGAAACAAAUUGAAAAGCAAUUAUGAAGCCAGCCAUACUAAUAAUGAUCACCUAAAAACAAGCAGCAAAUAAGGUUGUUGCUUUUGGACUCGACGAAGAUCUUAAAGAAUGUGACAAAUUUACCAGAAGUCCAAGCCCACCCUUUUCGAAGGUCUUUAAUGACAAAGUAAAGGUUGGGGGAUUUCAUUCAUCAUUCCCAGUACGUCAUAGAAGGAAAAGGUUGGGUUCAGAUCCCAAAAGCAGGUCUAGGAAGAAGCACAAAAAGAGAACUACAAAUGACACGAAUAUCUCUAAACUUUAUAACCUGAUUCCUGGAUUUAGCUACAAGGAUUUCGAUGAGAUAGAUAAUUUCGAGAAAACCACACUUUUUACAAAGAAGGAGAAGAACCCAAAUUGGAAAUUAAUUCGGAAAUUUGUGCAUAGAGUAUUCAAGUGUGACACCACACAAGAAUUGCUUAACAAAUUCAAGGCGAUGAAAGAUAAUAAGGAAGGCUCUUUGAUUAAGCAUACAGAUUCUGUGUCAAAGAUCGAUGAAAUGUCAAUCAAACCCCUCCAUCUCCAACUCCAAGAGAAGCAGCAAAGAAGACAUAAUUUGAGUGCACAAGAGAGCAAGAUCCUUGACCUGAGGGACGACUUUGAUAAACUCAAAGCUCAAGAAGAAAAGUUUGGGCAAUGGGUAAAUAGCAUGAAGAAAGGAACUCGUAGUAAACCUCUAAACAAAGUUAGAUCCAUUUGUAAAACGCCUGUGAGCACCUCAAAACAUAUGAAGUUUUUGAAAACUUCUGAGAAGCCAAAUUACGGAACUUCUGGAUUUAAGAUAAAACCUAUCAGCACUAAGACUUUAUAUAAAAGAUCGCGAAUUAAAACCUCUGGGUUGCCUUCAAGUCAUAAAUCUGAAGCUCACAGAAGAUUUUUGAAUCUUCAUGAGCUCCAAAGGAGCUCAUCGCCCAAUUUUGGGCUACAAGUUCCUUUCAUUAUGCAAAAAUCAUUAUAAAAAUGGUCAGGAAUGAAUACGAAAUACGAUCAGUGAAUUUUAAGUCCCAAAAGGCUGAAAAUAAGCAUAAAAUAGAGAUCCUGGAUUCCAUAUGCCAGCAGCUGGAAGGGAUUGAGUUCAAACUGUACGGCAACCGGAUCAUGAUGAAUAAGAAUAUUGAUAUCAUCUUCUCACCAUUAUUGAUCAGAUUGUUUCAUUCUGACUUGAGGGCGCUCCAGGUUAUUAAUUCACUCAAAUUGUUUUGAAAGAAAGCUUCUGUGAAGGAGCCUCACAUGCAUAGUAAGUCAGUCGACCAAGUCAGAAAGAGAGAUUAUGUGUUACUAAAUAGUAAGAGUAUCAAUAUAAGUACUCCUAGAAAACUACAAAAACUGAAAAAAACUCAAGACAAAAUUGGGCCUCUGUUUGAGCGAGACCAAAAGACUAGCAGUCAUGAGAUAAGGCAACAGCUCGAAAGUAUGAUGUCUAAAAUGCAUCAUACCAGGAGUUUUGACAAACCAUUUAGAGCAAAGACUAAUAAGUCCAGUUCUGCUUUGCUAAAUUGCGCAAGGAAUAAGUUUGGGAGAUCCACCAGGACACAGUACUCUCAGGUAUUGUCUAGUACGAAGAAAUAUGAAUAUAAGAAACCUCUCUAG